AACAAAUAAAAUAUAUAUUCUAUCUUCUUGUUUUUGAAUAGAGUCCUGCUGAAUUGUUUUAUGUUGUAGGCUACAGCAAGACUCCCACGCUGAAACAUAUUCUCGAGAAACUUCUCAACACGUCUGCAACAUUUUCUAACUCAUUUUAAACACGUUAUUAGUUUAUAGUUUCCACAUACCUCUUGGUUUUGAUAUGCUUGUUUAAUUGAACUAGCCAGAGAGCCUUCCCAGCCCCUCUGCUCUCUCUGCCCGGGUAGGAGGAGGGGGGAAGGUGGGGGAGUGACGAAAGCCCAACCGUCGACAGCUCCGGAGUUUGGAGGCAUCAGUGAAAGAUGAGGAGCAGCCCUCUCCUAUCGAGCGAGGACGAAGAAUUUGAAGUUCUAAUGUUGGAAAUUAAGAAAAACGACAGAUGAGCAUUGAAAUGUUUGUCUGUCAGUGUGGGUUCAACUUUCAGCUAAAGCCGGUCUGCGUGCACCCCGAGCUGAACACGGUGGAUUGCUGACACUGGACUCUCUGCUCACUCCUGACAUCCAGUGUCAGCAGCCAUGAUCAACCCUCACAUAUACCGCCACUACAACUACACAGGCAAGCUGGACCACCGGGCUAGCAUUGGCACCAGCACCGGCACUGUGGACACCAAAACCAUUGUGUUCCUCAUCAUAUGCAGCUUUAUCGUCUUGGAAAACCUCACUGUGCUGGUUGCCAUAUGGAGGAACCAACGGUUUCACAACCGCAUGUACUUCUUCAUCGGUAACCUGGCUCUGUGUGACAUGCUGGCUGGAGUCGCCUACCUAGUUAACCUGCUCCUGUCUGGAGAGAAGACCCUACAGCUCUCACCAGCACUCUGGUUUGUCAGAGAGGGGAGCAUGUUUGUAGCGCUUGGUGCUUCUGUUUUCAGCCUCCUGGCUAUUGCUAUAGAGAGACACCUGACUAUGAUUAAAAUGAGGCCUUAUGAUGCCAACAAGAACUACAGAGUGUUUCUCCUCAUAGGGACUUGCUGGUUGAUUGCAAUAACUCUUGGAGCUUUACCUAUUCUGGGCUGGAACUGCCUGGAUAACCUCCCUGACUGCUCCACAAUCCUUCCUCUCUACACCAAGAAAUAUGUAGCCUUCUGUAUCAUAGUUUUUAUGCUCCUGCUAUUGGCCAUGUCAGUCCUUUAUGCCCGAAUCUACAUCCUGGUUAAAUCCAGCAGCCAAAAGGUUAACAAAAACAAAAACUCUGAGCAUGCCAUGUCCCUGCUGCGCACUGUCAUCAUCGUAGUAGGGGUCUUCAUCGCUUGCUGGACGCCCAUCUUCGUGCUCCUUCUGGUGGAUGUGGCGUGUCAGCAGCGCUGCCCCAUCCUCUACAAAGCAGACUGGUUCAUUGGAGUUGCUGUCCUCAACUCAGCUAUGAACCCGGUGAUUUACACCCUGGCCAGUCGUGAGAUGAGACGGGCCUUCUUGGGUCUGGUGUGUGGGGUUUGCUACAAGGUGAAGGAUUCCGGGAACGGCAGCGGGAACAGGCAGUCUUUGGAGCCAAGCCGCAGCCGGAGCAAGUCGUGGAGUAGCCAGAACAACCCAAACCAGGGCCAGCAGAGCUCAAGGCAGGCGGAGAAUGACACGGCCCGUGGAGAGGUCUCGGUGGUGGCAGGAGGUGCUGCUCAGGCUGCACUUGAGAGUGACAGAAGGGAAUGAAGGAAGGGAGGGAGGGGGAUCUAUAGAAGAAAGGUGAGAGCUGUCAUAGUGUGUAAGCUCAAGGGACUGUGCAGUGGGCACAGGCAUCAGAGUUGUGACUGAUCAGUAAUUAAGGACUGCUUGAAUUAAAUAUAGGCUGCAGGUCAGUGGUUUCUCCUUUAUGCUUGAUACUGAUUUUUCCACAUCAUCCAUUAUCCCAUUGUAUUGAACCCACCUUUGGUGUUUGACUUUUUGAUGUAUGAUGCAAAAAUGCUAAACAAAACAACAAAUGUUGGCUCUUUACCAAGCACAGCUCACAUAUCAACACAAAAAUCCAAAUAGGGCCGUUUCAUAGCUGUUGAAAAGCACAAACUUAUCAAGUUUAAAAAAAAUGCAUGUUAAAAAAAGUUAAACAUAGUGCAUUUUUAUAGGAAAUAGCUUUUGCAAAAUAAAUGUUGCAACUGAAAGAUGCUCUGACAUAACAUGUACCUGUGUCUGCAGACAAGUAAAAAGGGUGUAAACAAAAUCCCCUAUAACUGAAGUGCAAUUAUAUUCAUACCAAAAAAAAUGUUAUGAAGAAUGAUUGUAGCCAUCCAGUAUUGUAAUGACAUACAAUAUACAUUAUUUAUUAUUCUAUGCUAUGUAAUUUGUAAGUGUGUAUUUACUCAGUUAUACUUCAGUAUUCUGUGCAGUUACUGUAAGAAAAAAACUGCACCAAAAAUUGUGUUUGUGAUGUGAGUGAGAAGAGAUCAAUUAAAUGAGAGAAAAGUAGCAUUGUCUUUAAAGUGAAUUUCAAAGAUUAGCAUAUCUGAUGCAGUUCAUUGAAUACAGUAGCUUUAAUGUUACGAGGGCUCCAUCUACUGGCUGAUAGUGGAAGUUAGUAUCCUCAUAACUGACUUGUUGAGGACAAAAUCUCUUUAAUCCCUAUUUUAGUACCAUAGUUAAAACACAUGCAAGUCUCACCAAGUUCCUAAAGUGCAACAAGUUUUGAUGCAACUUUAAAAGCGUGAUACUUGAGAAAAUGAAGGAAGGGUCAUGUGGACAGAGCAUGAGAAAGAGUGCUUCUAUUUACAGGAUCAACAAACAAAAGUGAGAAGAAACGUAUUAUGUAUAAAGAUGACUCACCUGUAUCACCUCAUGUUUCCAGUAGAGGGCGCCAUUCUGCUUGUUGACAGUUCUUCCUCACAUCUUUGAGAAAAUAAGUUCAAUGUUAAUUCACCUAAACUGCUAAUAAACGUACGAGUUGUUUUGUAAUUAUUUAUCAGUUUUAGUCCAGCCAUACUUGUGGUUUUUAUUCUGUCUGUCCACAUUAAGAGACUUUUGAAACCCAAACAUAAUGAAGGUGAUAUCUCUUUCCUUCUGUUUAUGCAUUAAACUUUUAAAGUUGG